CAAAUGGAUUCGCGUGGCCUUUUAUGGUUAAUUUUGGCUCAAGCACUUUCCGAUCCAUUGACCUUGAUUGAGUUCUCGUUGGAAAGUAAUGUCAGGUUCACACAGCGGUGGACGCAGAUGGAGGACCCGCUAUGACGAGGUGUGUGCUUGCUGCAGAUGGGAGAGAUACCGGAACGGCGUCGACCGCUUCGCACUUAGGUUCGAAGACCCGAUGCUAGAGGCGGGCUUUGUGAAAGGCAACAAAGCGCGGCUGUCCCACCACGUAGUGUUGAUGAUGGCCCUCUUCACAGUUGUAGGCCUCGCUGCUAUCACUACCCACAAAUAUUGGGACGAGGACCAGUACGCCACGAAUGAGGCUUGGGAGCUCAGCAGAUUGCAGAUGCUCAUGCACUUCGCCGUAGUUGUUUCUUUUAACGUGUGCUUCGGCUCUGGGGCACUGCUUGCCAAGUACAACAUUAUUGGCACCCUGGGCUUGGAGAUCGCUGUCGUGAUUGCAUGCAGUAUCGUCGUGAUGGCGCUGCCCUUGAUCACGAAGCACUACCUCGCGCGAGCGUUCGGCUACGACGACACGAAGGCCAUAUGGGGCCUGGACCUGAGUCCCACCGACGGCAACCUCGUGCUGUACAUAGACUGUGUAGUCACCGCUGUGCACCUCUGCGUGCCGGUACGCUGGGCGAUCCUCGCUCCGUUCGAGGUGAUCGCAUUCCUGGCGUUCACCGGGCCUGUGCUGACGCUCGGCAGCCCCGCUGUGCGGACGGCCCACUUCAACAUGGUGGGGCUCCUGGCGCUCACGGUGUUCGCGGCCGUCGGGAAGCGAGCCUUCGAGAGGCAGGAGCGCGCGAUGUUCGCGGGGUUCCUUGCGGAGAAGCAGAGGCGCUUCCAGGCGGAGUUCCUGCUUUCCAGGCUGGGCCGCCGCGAGUCUGCGGCGGGCCGUGAGGACGUCGGCUCCGAACGCUCUCUCGCCAUGUCGCGCCCGGAGACGACCAGGAGCGCCUUUGCCUUCGACGGCGACGGCCUGGGGGGCGAGUCGAUGAACCAGAUGCGCGCCAUAGGCCUGCGGGAGCAGUGGCUCAUCGCCAACGGCGAAGUGGAGCUCGUGGGCGGCAGGGUUCUCGGCAAGGGCGGUUUCGGCAUCGUUGUGCCGGGCUUGUACCACAACACCCUGGUGGCGGUGAAGGCGGUGAAAGAGGGCAUCCCACAGAAAGGCCUGCCCGCGCUCUGCAACGAGCUGAAGAUCCUUCGCCGCCUCCGCCAUCCCAACAUCGUGUUCUUCUACGGGGCGUGCAUGGACGUUACCCUGAGCAAGCUAUGUCUGGUGCUGGAGUUCGUGGAUGGUGUGUCCCUCGGCGUGUUCGUCCGCGGCCUGUGCAGAGGCCCCGAUCAGUCCGAGGACUCGCGCCGUCGUGCUCUGGGUGCCAUGGCUCUGGACAGAAGCGCCUCCGCGCGGUCGUCGAUCGUCUGCGACAUCCUGAACGUGCUGCGCUACCUGCACUCGAGGGAGCCCGCCGUCGUCCACGGCGAUCUGAAGGACUCCAACGUCUUCGUGAAGGAGCGGCUCAGCAGGAGUGGGCGAACGUCGUUCCACGCCAAGCUCCUCGACUUCGGUCUCUCCCGGAUCAUCACCCGAAGCGCCAAGCCUCUGGGUGGCACGCUGCGGUGGAUGGCGCCAGAGCUGGUAUUGCGGCGGGCCAUUCCACCAGACGGUGCCGCCGAUUGCUACUCGUUCGGACUGCUUACGUACUUCAUCGUGAGGGGGAGCUUGCCUUUUGAGGGGAUGAACGCCGAGCUGAUGCUGAAGCGGCUGGGGCACGGCCAGUCGCCGAGCCUGUCCUGGCCCGAGCACGCCGACGAGCUCACACAGGUCUGCCGACCAGUGGUGGAGCAGUGCACCAAGGCGAUGCCAGCCCUGCGCCCCACUGCCCAGCAGGUCAGCAACGAAUUGACUUCUAUGCUGAACAAGGUUGCGAAAAGGGUGAUGGACACGGCGGUGGAGACUCUCACACCUGGAAAGGCCAGCAGCGGGCGCACGACGCCGCCUGGUACGAAUACCACCGACGAAUGCGAUUCGGACGACCCAGCGUGCAAGGAUCUCACGUGGUUAGGCGGCGUAGUGGAGGUGAGGCAGGCCAGCAGCUCCAGCAUCCGCUCAUUCGUGCCUGGCAUGGGCUCGAGGUUCUUUCCCCCAGUAUCCGAACACAGCUUGCUGCAGCCAGGAAGGGCCACAAACGGCGCCACGGCGGAGCUGCCCAGCAGUCCCGGGAACGAGCGAGGGCAGCUGGCCCACCCGCAGUACCACCCGACGCCGCUGAGCACGCAGGUCCUGACACUGUCGUAUUUGCUCAUGCAGUGGAACGUUCCGGUGCCGAACGGCGCGUGCUGCUGGCUGCACGGCGCCCUGGCUACCUUUGACAGGUUGCGGAACGAGUUGGGCCGCAGACCGUGCUGCAUGCGGCAGAGAGACGUGUUCUGUGGCCAGUGUGGCUCGUGUGGGCUGCUGCUGCUGCAGGGCAUGUCCGUCUGCGAGUUCUGCGAGGGUCCAGAGUCCAGCACACUGAGCACGACGUUCAGUGUCUGAGCCGGCAUUUGUCCUCCCACGCUUUGGGUGCCGACCCGCGGCACCGACGGGCGAGGGCGCGAUCAUCAAGUUACGGUGAGGAAUCUUGGAAACGUAGUCGGUUUCCGUCCCUAGUUGAACAGGGUAUGGUUCGUGGAACACUAGUCCCGUAUCCUCUGGCCUCCCAGCGCGCUGCUACCUUCUGCGGGCCCCUUCGGGCCUCCGCCGAUGGCUCCAAAGGAUGGUUAGCCCUCCGACUUUUGAUGUUGCACCCAUGCUUCUUGAAGGUACGCAGGUUUUUCUCUCUCCACGGGCAGCAACCUCUGCCGCCCGCCCUCCAGCAGUGCAGCUUUGUGCCCUGGGCCAGCCGCCGGGGAACCUAUGGCACCCGCCGCCAAGGAUGAGGACGACGACGAGCCUGUCGACUGCAGCUAUGAUGCUGGCGCCGCCUCGCGAGCCGCCCAUGCACGGGCAGCCGUGGUUGGCGCCACUGUGGGCGGCGGCGCGGAGGGGCCGGCUCCUGAUGCGGCGCAGCGGGGUCAGGACGCCGA